CACCAUGACCGCCCCGGCUGCCGGAGCCGUUCCUCCCUCUUCAGCAGAUUAAUUUGCCAGACUGGAUGUCGGAUCACCGCCGCAAUUCUACCGCAACAGUUAAAAACAGAGAGCGGAGGCUUUUCUUUGCUGAAGUGGCAAAGUCCGUCUGAUCUGCGGCACCUGUGAUAUCUGUCCUCAUCCCUGCAGCUACUGUUGUACGUCCACCUGCCAGAGAUGUCUGAGAGCUAGCCAGCUGAGUGGAGGACUUCCCCUCUCUGCCCGUGCUCUCCACCUGCCUGCAGCCAUGAAUGGCGCAGCCAGUGUGUGGGCCAUCACUCCAGAGGAGAGGGGGAAACAUGACAAGCAGUUCGACAGCCUCGCCCCCGUCCUCGGCUACGUCUCGGGUGAGCAAGCCAGGAAAUUCUUCAUCCAGUCCGGCCUGCCUCCUUCUGUCCUGGCUGAGAUCUGGAACCUCGCUGACAUCGACAGCGAUGGAAAGAUGGACCGACUGGAGUUCUCCAUCGCCAUGAAGCUCAUUAAACUCAAACUUCAGGGGCGAAACCUGCCCUCGUCCCUGCCGAUCAUCAUGAAGCAAUCGCCUGUGUCUAACUUGGCUUCGACCAUCCCUACAUCGGCACGCUUCGGAAUGGGUUCAAUGCCAAACCUGUCAGUCGGUCUGUCAUCCAUGUCAACUAUGUCAGCCAUGCCCAUCCUAACACCCAUCCCGGUUAACCCCCUCAUGCACUCUGUGCAGCCCCUGAUGCCAACGCCAAUGACUCUGCCCCUCAUCACUUCUCUGGGAAACUCUGGACUCCCCAACGGCAAUAUCAACCUCCUCACCCCACCUCUCGUUCCCAGCAACGCAGCGCUCCCUCUGUCUGGCUUCUCCUCUCCUAUGGCGUUCUCUCCAUCCACCGGCAUGUCGAAGGCAAACUCUCUUUUGGACCUUGGAUCCAGCAGCUCAAACUCUUCCUCCACCACGUCGCUGGCCAGCAACUCUCCGAAGACGGGCGCCAGUGAUUGGGCCGUCCCGCAGGCCUCGAGACUGAAGUACCGUCAGCAGUUCAACACGCUGGACAAGCUCAUGAGUGGGUACUUGUCAGGACCUCAGGUUAGAAACGCGCUGAUAGCAUCGAACCUGACACAGACUCAGCUAGCUACCAUCUGGACCUUGGCAGAUGUGGAUAAGGACGGCCGGCUGCAGGGGGACGAGUUCAUCCUCGCCAUGCACCUGGUGGACAUGGCGAAAACGGGGCGACCUCUGCCCCUCACGCUGCCCCAAGACCUGGUGCCUCCGUCUCUCAGAGGAGGAGUCAAGUCCAGUGAGCUUGUUAAUGGAACCGGGCCGUACAUCACCCCCUGUUUAAUAGACACAACAGAGGCAGAACCUGCACAGAAGACCAAGAGCAGUGUGUCCUUCGAGGACAAGCUGAAGGAGAACUUUGCGCGAGGCAGCGCCGAGCUGGAGAAACGGCGACUGGCUCUGGAGGAGGCGCAGCGGAAGGAGAGGGAGCGGAGAGAGCGGGAGGAGACAGAGGCUCAGGAGAGGAGGGAGAGGGAGGCCAGGGAGCAGGAGAACCGGAGGAGGCUGGAGGAGGAGAGGCGGCUGGAGAUGAAGAGAGAGAUGGAGAGGCAGCGGGAGGAGGAGAGGGUGAGAGAGCUUGAGAGGAAGGAGGCGGCGAAGCUGGAGAUGGAGCGCCAGAGGAGGGAGGAGUGGGAGCGUGGGAAGAGAGAGGAGCUGGGGAGGAGGAGAGAGGGGGAGCAGGAGGAGAUCUCCCGACUCAGGGCCAAAAAGAAGAGUCUAGAGUUGGAGCUGGAGGCCGUGGGCACCAAGCACAAGCAGAUCUCAGACUGUCUCCGUGACGCUCAGAGCAAACGGCGGAUUCUGAAGGCGGAGGUGGACCUCGUCAAUCAGAAGAGGGACACACGCAUCACGGAGAUCAACACGCUGCAGCUUCAGUUUGAGGACUGGCAGCAGAAGCUCUCGCUGCUGCUCCCAGAACAGCAGAGGCUGACGGAGAAGCUGCGAAACAUCAACCUCAACAAAAUCUCCUCGGUGGCUUUGACCUCUCUGACCGGGAGCGUGACGGAGAAAGGUGUGAAUUGCCGGCGGCUGAAGGAUCAGCUCGACACUCUGGAGAGGGAGACAACGGACAAACUGGCCCAGAUGGAGGAGUACAACAAGGAGCUUAAGCUUGGGGAUAUGGAUGACUGUGUCCUGCGGGGCCUUCUGUCUCUGCUGGCCUGCCUCAGCCAGCUCUUCCUUCUCAUCAAGGAGCUGAGGGAGAAGCAGGUGAAGCAGCAGGCCGUCCUGGAAGACCUGCACAGAGUCAAGGAGGAGAAGCUGAGGGAGCUCCAGAGACGCAGGGAGGAGGAGAUGGAGAGGAGGAGGAGGGAGGAGGAGGAGGCAGCCAGACAGGCGAAGCUCGAGCAGGAGAGGAGGGAGAAGGAGGAAGAGGAGGCGCGUCAGAGGAGGCUCCUGGAGGAGCAGAGGGCCAGACAGAGGGAGGAGGAGGAGAGGGAGGCACAGGCUCGCCUCCGGGCCGCCCAGGAGAAGGCGCAGGAAGAGGAGAGGAGACGGAGAGAGGAGGAGGAGGAGGAGGAGAGGAGGAAGAGGGAAGAGGAGGCAAGGAAAGGAAAAGAAGAAGAGGAGGCAAGGAAACAAAAGGAGGAAGAAGAGGAGAAGGAGAGGAGGAGGAAAGAAGAGCAGGAGAGAGGAGCGCAGCAGCUGGUGGUGCUGGCUCAGCGAUCCUCGAAGCCGACCACGUACAGAGCUCUGUACUCGUUUGUGGCCCGGAACACAGACGAGCUGAGUGUAGACGCAGACUGUCUCAUAGAGGUGGACGAGCAGACGGUCGGUGAGCCCGGCUGGCUGUGCGGGCAUUACCGUGGAAACAGGGGCUGGUUCCCCCAGAGUUACGCAGAGAAAUGUCUGACCCCCUCCGCCACCGAGACCGCCCCUUCGCUACCCGGGAACACGUCCUGUCCACCGCCACCGCUGAACUCAAGAGUCCCAGACGAGGAGGUGGUAGUUGACAGCCCUGUUCCCGCCCAAUCAGACGCUUCACAGUCCUCAGUCCCUCUGCUGGCUCGAGCCGUCUCCUCCUGGUCGGCCGCCUCCGAAGCUCGCCCCAGCUUCUCCGGCGGCAUCGGCGGCGGCAUCGGCGACGUCAUCACCGCGCUGCUGAGCUUCUCACAGGGUGACAUCAUCAGCGUGCUGCAGCAGAGGGAGGACUGGUGGUUUGGGCAGCUCAACGGGACGCAGGGAUGGUUUCCCAAAGGCUGCGUCACUUUGGAGACGGCCGGCGGCACAGAUGUGGACGCAUUUGACGCAUGUGACUCUGUUCAGCUAGAGGAGUAUGUGGCGCUGUACACGUAUGAGAGCCCGGAGAUGGGGGACCUGACGUUUGUGGAGGGAGACGUCGUCAUAGUGACGGAGAGAGAGGGAGAGUGGUGGCGAGGAUGCAUCGGGGACCAGACGGGGGUUUUCCCCUCAAACUAUGUCCGACCUGUUGAACCAGAGGCGUCGAGACCUGGAGCUUCAACCAAAAAGCCUGAGAUCGCUCAGGCAGUCACCACCAACACCACCGCCACUGUCGCUUCCAUGACACAUCAGCUGCGUCUGUCUCCAGGGCAACUGAUCGUGGUCCUGGCUAAGAACUCCACCGGCUGGUGGCUCGGGGAACUACAGGCUAGAGGCAAGAAGCGCCAGAGAGGCUGGUUUCAUUCCUCUCACGUCAAGCUCCUCGGCCCCUCCAGCAGCAAGUCCUCCCCCUCCCCUCUGCCAGUGUGCCAGGUUAUCGCGAUGUAUGACUACACGGCUGCCAAUCGGGACGAGCUGAGCUUCUCCAAGGGUCAGCUGAUCAGCAUCCUGGACAAGACCAACCCUGACUGGUGGAAAGGAGACGCCAACGGAGUCACAGGCUUGCUGCCCACCAAUUAUGUCAAGAUGACAACAGAAUCAGACCCCAGCCAGCAAUUAGAUUCCGCAUCCAUGUCAGAACAUGGACAGACUGACGGGUGUGCCGACCUGAUGACGCUGGACACCAUGACGCCUCAGGAGAGGAAGAGACAGGGUUACAUCCACGAGCUCAUCCAGACCGAGGAGACCUACGUGGAUGACCUGGAGCUGGUUCUGGAGGUCUUCCACAAGCCAAUGUCUGAGUCAGGCCGUUUAACAGAGGCUGAGAUGGGAAUGAUCUUUGUUAACUGGAGGGAGCUGAUUAUGUGUAACACCAAACUGCUCAAGGCACUGCGUGUGCGUAAAAAGACUGGAGGAGAGAACAUGCCUGUUCAGCUGAUUGGAGACCUGUUGGCUGCAGAGCUCGCCCACAUGCAGCCCUACAUCCGCUUCUGCUCCUGUCAGCUCAACGCCGCUGCCCUGCUGCAGAGCAAAACCUACAACCAGCCAGAGUUCAAAGACUUCCUCAAGAAGAUAGCCACUAACUACCGCUGUAAAGGAAUGCCGCUGUCCAGCUUCCUCCUCAAGCCCAUGCAGAGGAUCACACGCUACCCCCUGCUCAUAAAGAACAUCCUGGAGCACACCCCAGACGAUCAUGCAGACCGCAGCCCACUAAGAGAAGCCCUGGAGCGAGCCGAGGAGCUCUGCUCUCAGGUCAACGAGGGGGUCCGGGAGAAGGAGAACUCUGACAGGCUGGAGUGGAUACAGAGCCACGUCCAGUGUGAGGGACCUAUAGAGCACUUGGUCUUCAACUCGCUGACUAAUUGCCUCGGGCCUCGCAAGCUGCUCCACAGUGGUCGGCUUUAUAAAACCAAAAGCAGCAGGGAGCUCUGGGCUUUCCUCUUCAAUGAUUUCCUCCUCCUCACACACAGCGCCAAACCCUUCUCCUCCUCAGGACCAGACAAGCUGUUCAGCCUCAAGACCAGCAUCCAUCUGAAGAUGUACAAAACACCACUGUUUCUCAACGAGGUCUUGGUGAAAAUGCCGCCCGACCCGUCCAGCGACGAGCCGCUCUUCCACGUCUCGCACAUCGAUCGCGUGUACACUCUCAAAACCGACACCUUGAAUGAGAGGACAGCAUGGGUCCAGAAAAUCAAAGCAGCGUCUGAACAUUUCAUAGAGACGGAGAAGAAAAAGAGAGAGAAGGCUUACCAAGCUCGUUCCCUAAAGAGCAGCGGUAUCGGCCGACUGCUGGUAACCGUCGCUGAAGCCCAGGAGCUCAAAGCCUGUAAACCCAAUGGUAAAAGUAAUCCAUACUGUGAGCUGACGAUGGGGGCUCAGUGCUACACCUCCAGACCGGUCAGCGACACCCUGAACCCAAAGUGGAACUUCAACUGCCAGUUCUUCAUCAAAGACCUCUACCAGGACGUCCUGUGCAUCACCGUGUUUGAGAAGGACCAGUUCUCACCAGAUGAUUUUAUGGGUCGCGCUGAAGUUCCCGUGGCCACCAUAAAGAAAGAGAUGGAGAGCAAAGGGGCAGCAAACCGUCGCCUACUACUGCAUGAAGUCCCCACUGGAGAAGUUUGGGUCAAACUGGACCUGCAGCUUUAUGAGCCAACCAAAUGACAGAGCCAGACACAGCCCAGGGGCACACGCACCACUUUAAUUUUAUAGAAAGGAAGAAGAAGAUAUUUUACAUAAUGACUUACAGCCACACACUUGCCUCAAAGUGCCUAUUUCUAUCAGUGGAUUUGUUGCCUUAAAAAAAAAAA